AUGAGGGAUUUGGCGGAGUAUUAUUUACCGCCGUUUGAGGCUUGUGUGAGGGAUGCGGGGUUGGGGAGUGUUAUGUGCUCGUACAAUGCUCUAAAUGGUGUACCGACGUGUGCUGAUGACUGGCUGCAGAAUACGCUCCUUCGCGAUCAUUGGAAGUGGAAUGAGCCUGAGCAGUAUAUCGUUUCGGACUGCUUCGCCAUCGAUCAGAUUCUGGUCUCGCACAACUACAGCGACACUGCGGAGGAAGCAGCGCAGGCGGCCCUUCAAGCUGGAACAGACCUCGACUGCGGUGUCUUCUACCAGAAUUUCCUACCUGGUGCGCUGGAUCAAGGCUUGGUCUCGGAAGCAGAAGUCGACGUCGCGCUCAAGCGGAUCUACUCAAGUCUGAUCAAGGUUGGAUACUUUGACCCAACCAACUCGCACCCUUACCAAGAGAUAGCCUGGGAGGAUUUCAACACGCCGGAAGCGCGGAAGCUGGCACGCAAAGCCGCCACUUCUGGAAUGGUUCUGCUGAAGCAUGAUCACAGCACUUUACCCUUGACAGUACCUACCAAGCGCGAUCUUCGAGUCCUCCUCGUUGGUGAAUGGGCCAACGCCACAAUCGCAAUGCUUGGAGGCUACUCUGGUGUAUCUCCAUACAUCCACUCGCCCCUCUACGGCCUCCAGCAAGUCGAGAACGUCUUGGUCGACAGCAUCACGUCCCUUGACGAUCCGACCUCCGCCGCCACUGUAGCCCAAGCCCAUGACGUGAUCGUCUACGUUGGCGGCAUAGACCAGUCAGUAGAACGCGAAACCCUCGACCGUACGUCCCUCAGCUGCAACACCACACAACUCGCCUUGAUAAGCGCCGUCUCCUCAGUCGGCAAACCCACUAUCAUUGUCCAGUCAGGAGGUGGUCAGCUCGACGAUUCAGAGUUCUUGUCCAAUCCCAACAUCUCCGCAAUCCUCUGGGUCGGAUAUCCAGGUCAAGAUGGCGGCGUUGCGAUUGCAGACGUUCUCUUCGGUAACGUCGCACCCGCUGGAAGGCUUCCGGUCACGAUGUAUCCUGCCACCUACGUCUCUUUACCAAUGACAGACAUGGGUCUCAGGCCUGAUGGGGAGAAGCAUCUGGGGAGGACGUAUAAGUGGCAUGAUGGAGCGGUAUUGCCGUUCGGACAUGGGUUGCACUACACGACGUUUGAGGUGGAUGCCAGCUUCGUGCCGGUGGGGUCUUUACACAUCAGCGAGAUCCUCCACAGCUGUGAGAAUGGAGAACGACCUGAGCAGGCCAUCAUCGGCCACGUCCAUCUCAGGGUCCAUAAUAUCGGCAACACAACAUCUGACUACGUUGCCCUCGCGUUUCUGCGCGGUGAUGGUGGGCCACCGCCGUGGCCGAUCAAGGAAUUGGUUGGUUAUGAGCGACUUCAUGAUCUGGAGCCAGGGUGUUCUGGAGAGGCUGGGACUGUGGUCUUGCCGAUCACGGUGGCUUCACUGAGUCGGUGGGAUGAGGAGGGAAGGAGAAUCUUAUAUCCGGGACGGUAUACCGUUGCUAUUGAUACGGAGCCCGAGCUUGCGGGGGUCAGCUUUGAAGUUUUGGGGGAGGAAAGGGUUGUUGAGGUGUGGCCUGAGAGACCGGGGCGUGGGUGA